AUGCGUAGUGUUGAUAUCUAUUUUGUUUUGAUUUGCGCAGUUUGUGUGGUUUUUUCACAUACUAUACCAGGGUUGAAUUCUCUUCAACGUCAAAUCUUGUCGAAAAAAAGGUCAAGAUCGAGACAAAAAGGAAGGAGUGAUGAUCUUACACAAGAUAUUUUUCUCAAUCUCCCAGCAAGGGAAAUUGAUUUUAUCAAUUUGCAUUUGAAGAACUUGACAGAUGCCAACGGAUCUAAAUGUGACAAGUGUAAGUACAAGAUAAGAUAUGCAAAGUCAUUAGUCGAAGAGUACCCCGAACAAGAACAUCUUGUUACUUUGCUUUUAUUCAAAGAUUGUGUCAAUAAUGCCUAUUAUGCUGACUCCUGCUAUUAUGAGAAUUUUUUCAUCACUACAAAAUCUCAGAACUUUGAAGCAUUCAAUGAUGACUACGAUGCAGGUAUAACUUCUGGUACAAGUGUCAACUUUUUCGAUAAUGAUUUCUUGCAUCUUCUUAAGAAUUUCAAUGUUUCAAGUGACUUGGAUUUAGAGUAUUACUGCUACUUCAAAGAUCAUCGCGCUUGCUCGUUACCCAAGACUCCUGACAUUGAACAACUAUUUGAUAUUCAAAGUUGGUGGCCAGAAAAGAAACCCGAGCAUUACCAUCAACCAGUAUACAAGAAUAACAGUGAGAGGUUCAAUGUAAUUCAUGUAACCGAUUUUCAUAUUCAGCCUCGAUACGAAUUGGGAGCUGAAUCGAAUUGUACAGAAGUACCGUGUGCCUUGCCCGAAUCGUACAACAAAAAGUUACCAGGAAAGGACUAUAACUUCACUACAUAUUAUAAGAACCUUGACCCAACUAUUGAAACUUUUAAUUUUUCUUUUUACCCAGAUGCUAGGUAUACAGAAAACGACACAUAUAUUAAAGGUGACUACUAUGAUUUCCCAAAGUAUCGUGGCUACAAUUUCAACAAUGCUCCAGCAACUUCGUUUGGAGCCUACCUUUCAGAUGCUCCAGAAUUAUUGAUGAAUAAUUCCCUAAUUGAAAUUGCCAAGUUGCAAGCCGAGAAAAAGUUCGAAUUGGUCUUAUUUACUGGGGAUAUGGUGGACCACGAUGGUGUCCAUUGUACUCCGAAUAUCACCAAGGAUGCCGAAGUAACUGCAUUCAAAUUGGUGAAAAAGUAUUUGAACAAUAUUCCAAUCAUGCCAGCAUUAGGUAAUCAUGACUCGUUUCCCUAUGCUCAAGUUGCACCCAAUAAGUUUGACCGUAAUAAUUCAUAUGACUACAAUAUCGAAGAUAUGGUCAAUUUAUGGAUUAACAAUGAAUGGUUUGAGGGAAAAGAUGCAAACGAUUUGAAAAAACAUUACACGGGGUUCUCCUAUGUUACUAAUAGAGGGUUGAAAAUUAUUGCUUUAAACUCCAAUGCUUACUAUGGCGACAACUUGUGGGCCUACAUUGACCAAACAACUGAUGGUGACUUGUUUGGAAACUGGAAAUUUCUUGUUGAUGAGUUGCUCGAGUCAGAAGAAAAGGGACAAAGAGUAUGGAUAAUGGCACACAUCCCACCAAAUAACUACGAUGUGUUGCCCAUUCAGUCGAGAAUCUUUGGUACAAUUAUUGAAAGAUUCGCGCCUUAUACUGUUGCAAACAUGUUUUUUGGUCAUACUCAUAGAGAUCAGUUUUCGAUUUUAUAUUCUAGUAAUACAACUGCCGCUGAUGCUGUGGCCGAGGAUGUCCUCAGUAUGUCGUGGGUUGCUCAAUCCGUAACUCCUUAUACAAAAUUCAACCCUUCGUUCAAAUGGUAUGAAGUUGAAAACGAAAGUUUCAAUAUCAUCAAUGCAUACAAUUACUAUACUCAGUUGAAUAUUACCUUCAACAAUGGUGGCGAGGAGCCGAAAUGGGAGGUUGAGUAUAGUGCCAGGGAUCUCUAUGAUCCGGAACAUACAUGGCCUGAGGAUGCACCAUUGAAUGGUACUUUUUGGCAUAAUUAUGUUGCAAAACCAAUGUGGAAUACAUCUGAUAUUGCAUUUAACCAAAAGUUUAUGGACUAUAAAUAUAGAUUGAGUCCACUCACACCAAACUGUACUACUGACAAGGGCAAAUUGAAUAAUGUAUGUUUCAAUGACAAUAAUUGUUUCCUCAAUUUUUAUUCUGACAGUAAUAUCAACUGUCAAAAGUCCUGA